AUGGUAGCAUGGAUUAUGCCUGAGCCUGACAAGUUUCGAGUGAAUGCCAUGGUGGUGCUUAUAGCUCUCUCUUGCUCAGGCUUUCUUGACUCAGCCAAGGAAGUCUUUGAGACAAUGCCCGAAAGAAACGUAGUCUCAUGGAAUGCAAUGCUGACUGCAUUUACCCAACAAGGGCAUCUUGAGGAUGCGCAGAUUCUUUUUGAAAAGAUGCCAGAACAUACUGCUGUGUCAUGGAAUGUGCUUAUCAACGCUUAUGCAGAGCGAGGAGUUUUAGAACAAGCUCAACUGGUGUUUGAAAACGUUCCCCAAAAGGAUGUUUAUUGCUGGACUAUUAUGAUCACUGCAAAUGCCAUCAAAGGAAAUCUGGAUAGCGCUUCUAAGCUCUUUCGAGAUAUGCCGCAACACAGCAUUGUGACAUGGACGGCCAUGGUACAGGCAUUUGGAGAGAACGGGAAUAUCCAAGAAUCUCUAAAUUAUUUCUCCAAAAUGCCCGAGAGAAACUCUUUUGCAUGGACGGCAUUGAUCAUAGCUCACAUCCACGGGCGGGAUUUGGAUGGCGCUACAAGGACAUUCCGGAAUAUGCCCGACCACAACAUUGUUUCGUGGACGGCGAUGAUCCACGCGCACGCGGAAUGCGGCAACAUCGACGGCGCCAAGGCCGUGUACGACACCAUGCCUGAGAGAAACGUGGUGUCGUGUACGGCCAUGCUGGUGGCAUACUCCCAGGCCGGACAUGUGGACGCGGCACGUCGAGUGUUCGAUUCCAUGCCUCUCUACAACGUCGUGGCGUGGAAUGCCAUGGCGGCGGGAUAUGCCUUCCAGGGGGACCUUUGGACAGCCAGGAUGAUGAUGCGCAGCUGCCCGGAGACGAAUGUGGUGUCGUGGACGGCUAUGAUGGCGUCGUACGCCCAGUACGGUCACUUCAACAUUUCGGAAUCUUUCUUCCAGCGCAUUCCGGGGCGGAAUCUUGUCACCUGGAACGCGUUGAUCGCCGCCGCCGCCCAAUCCGGCCACGCACGCCUUGCGAUCGAGCUCUUUCACGAGAUGAUCGUGGAAUCGGUCGAGCCGGACGAGAUCUCCUUCAUGAUCGCGCUCGCGGCGUGCGCCCACCUAGGGCUGCUGGAUCUCGGGCGCAGCUACUUCGCGUCGAUGCUGGUCGAUCACGGCGGCGGCCUGGCGGCUUGCAAGGAACACUACACCUCGAUGGUGGAUCUCCUGGGACGCGCGGGCCAGAUCGAUGCGGCGGCGGAGCUGAUCGACACAAUGCCGUUCGUGCCCGGCGGAGUCUCCCUGGUCGCGAUCCUGGGCUCGUGCCAGACGCAGCGAGAUCUGCCGCGAGCGACACGGGCGGCCAGGAGAUUGCUGGAGAUUGAUCCGCGCAACUCCAGCUCCCACGUCCUCCUGUCGAGCUCCCUCAGGAAUUAG